AUGCGGAGGGACUGCGCCUUCAGCCUCCGACCUGGAGGCCAGGAGACCGCCCCUGCCCGCGGUCCCGCCCCGCGGCGCCCAGUAUUCCCGGCUGCCCGCGGCGGGGUCCCCGGCCCCCAGCCCGCCAGCCCCGGGCGGGGCUCGCACCCACCUGCGGCGGCGCGGCGCGGCGCGGCUCUGGCCGGGUCCGGCUGGCGCGCACCUGCGGGCCCACUAAUCGAAGCUCAGGCGUCAGAGCCGGUCAAGAACUUGGGAGUGGAGACUCAGCAACGCGAGAGGCUGAGCUCCUCCCUGGGCCCCCAAGAUGACACCUGGACAGAAUCCUUCUCUCUGCUUUUGGGACUUGGCGCUGCCCUCUACUUGGGCUACUACUGGGCAUGGGUGGCCCCGAGGCCACAACUGGUGACUGGGUCCCAGUUUCUGGCCUUCCUGGAGGGACACUGUCCAGUCACUGUGGAGACUUUCUACCCUACGCUCUGGUGUUUUGAGGGGCGGCUACAAACCAUCUUCAGAGUCUUACUGCAGUCUCCGCCUGUAGCCCCUUACUCAAGGGAAGUUCUCGAAACCCUGGAUAGAGGACAGCUCCUCCUAGACUGGGCCAGCCAUCCUAACAGCAGUCAAUAUCCUGACCCUACCACCCAGCCAUUGUUAUUGCUGCUUCCUGGUAUCACGGGCAGUAGUCAGGAGACAUAUAUCUUGCACCUAGUUGACCAAGCUUUGAAGGAUGGCUAUAGGGCUAUCGUAUUUAAUAACCGGGGCUGCCAUGGGGAAUAACUGCUGACCUACAGGGCCCUCUGUGCCAGCAACACUGAAGAUCUGGAGACAGUCGUGCACCACAUAAAGAGCCACUACUCCCAAGCUCCACUGCUGGCUGUGGGCAUCUCUCUCGGAGGGUGAAGGCUGCCUCUGAACCACCUGGCUCGAAUGGGACGGGCUGCGGGGUUGGUGGCAGCACUGACUCUACCUGCAUGCUGGGAUACCUCUGAGACCACCUGCUCCCUGGAGACCCCACUGAACUCACUGCUCUUCAGUCAGCACCUCACUGCUGGGCUCUGCCGAGCUGUGAACCGAAACAGAAAGGUGAUGGAAAAGGUGGUGAAUGUAGACUUUGUGCUACAGGCCCACACAAUCCACCACUUUGAUGAGCGCUACACAACUGUGGUCUUCGGAUAUCAAGACCGAGCAGCAAGCCCAAGAGCCAAGGCAGAUGCCAUCCAGCUCCCUGUGCUCUGCCUCAAUGCAGCUGGUGACCCCUUCUCCCCGGUCCACGCCCUUCCCCUACAGGCUGACCAACAUUCUCCCCACGUUGCACUGCUCGUCACAGCUCGGGGUGGCCACAUCGGCUUCCUGGAAGGACGGCUUCCCUGGCAGCACUGCUACAUGAGCCGCCUCAUGCAUCAGUAUGCCAAAGCCAUCUUCCAGCACCCAGCAGAGCUGCUCAGCCUCAGGGCACCCACUCCUCCUGAGGGAGGCAAAAGCUGACAAGAGUACCAUCUGGAGCCUCAGUUCAGUCUUCGCUUGUUUAUUAAAUAUCAACUUUUCCU